AUGGCUUUCCAUAAUAAUAUCGAUGAUUGUAAGUUGCAUGAUCUUAGGGCUAGUGGUCCUAAGUAUAAAUGGAGAGGGCUAGUUUUUCAAGGAGGAAAACACAUUUACGAUAGAUUGGAUAGAGCAUUGUGUAAUGAAGAUUUGAGUUUGAAAUUCCCAGAAGCUUAUACAAAGGUUCUCACUAGAUUUGAGUUUUCUGACCAUCACCCAAUCAUGAUAUCUCUGUCUUGUAAUGUGUACUCCAAAGUUGCUAAACAUUUUAGAUUUAAGAGUGCUUGGUUGGUAGAUAGUAAUUAUACGGAUAGGCUCAUGGGAUUGUGGAAGGAUAACAAAGGUUUAGGUCAUAAGCUUAAGAAUAUUACAAAAGACUUAAAAGCUUGGAAGUGCAGUUCUCUCAAACAAGUUCAUAUAAGGAAGAAGGAGAUUAUGGCGAGACUUAAUGGUGUUCAGAAGUGUAUUCAAAGGAGGGAAAAUAUGGGGGCAUGUAAACUCCUUAGCUUAUGUUGCAAGAUGAGUUAA